UUCUUUUCAUAUAUAUAUAUAUAUAAAACAAAAUAGCACAGUAUGUCACCGAUAUACACGAAUGCUUCUGCGAGGCGCAGGUGGAAUGGCGGAACGGCGUCUUUGAAAUAUGACUGAGUGACCCUUCCUCUUCCUGACUCCAACAUGGCAGCAGACUCAAUGGAGAUUGACGAUUCACUCUACAGCCGUCAGCGCUAUGUGCUGGGUGACAGCGCCAUGCACCAGAUGGCCCAGUCCUAUGUGUUUCUCAGCGGACUGGGAGGAGUGGGAGUGGAAAUUGCAAAGAACAUAGUACUUGCUGGAGUAAAGGCCGUGACUGUCCACGACACGAAGCUGUGCGAGACGUGGGAUCUGGGCACCAACUUCUUCAUUCGGGAGGAGGAUGUGUUGAGCCAGAAGAAGAGAGUGGAGGCAGUGCACUCGCGCAUUGCUGCACUGAACCCUUACGUUCAAGUCAGCAAGUCCAGCUGUGUCCUGGACGAGGGAACGGACCUCAGCUUCCUGAAGAAGUACCAGUGUGUGAUUCUCACAGAGGCCAGCCUCGCUUUACAGAAGAAGGUCAAUAACUUCUGCCACUCGCAGGAGCCUCCCGUUAAAUUUAUAUCCUGUGACGUGUUCGGCAUCUGCACGCGGGUUUUCUGUGAUUUCGGCGAGGCCUUUGAAGUGUCUGACCCAACUGGAGAGGAACCCAAGCAGGUCUUCGUGCAGAACAUCACACAGGAUGCCCCGGGCGUGGUGACCUGCUUGGACAACCAAGCACAUGGUCUGCAGACGGGGCAGAGCGUGGUCUUCCGGGAAGUUUACGGCAUGACCGAGCUGAAUGGGGCGUGCCGACAGAUCACAGUGCUGACUCCCUACAGCUUCGCUAUCGGGGACACGUCGAGGCUGCAGUCCUAUGCCCAUGGAGGAUUCUUCGUGCAAGUGAAGACACCCCGGACGUACAGCUUCGAAAGGAUGGAGAAGCAGAUCUUGGACCCUACGGUGCUCAUACCCGAUUUCAGCAAAUCAGAAGCCCCGCUGCAAAUUCACGCGGCCCUCCUGGCUCUCGACUCCUUCCAGCAGCAGCACGGCAGGCUUCCCGCCACCGGGUGCCUGCAGGACGCUGAGGUCUUGGUGCGGUUGGCUGACGAGGUGAACCAGACUCUGAAGAACAAGGCACCUGUGAACCGGGAUCUGGUGCACUGGCUUUCUCGCACGGCCCGGGGUUGCCUGCCCCCCCUCUGCGCAGCCAUUGGAGGCACCGCUAGCCAGGAGGCACUUAAAGCUCUCACCGGGAAGUUUGCCCCCCUCCAGCAGUGGUUGUACCUGGAUACCAUUGAGGUGGUCAGACCUCUGCAGUCCCUCCCUGCAGAUGAAUUUGCCCCAAAAGGGGAUCGCUACGAUCCAUUGCGAGCAUGUAUUGGGGAGACCAUGUGUCGAAAGCUGCAUGGCCUCAGGGUGUUCAUGGUGGGAUGUGGUGCCAUUGGGUGUGAGAUGCUGAAGAACUUCGCUCUGCUUGGAGUGGGACUGGCUGACAGCUCUGGAGAGAUCUGCGUCACUGAUCCAGAUUUGAUUGAGAAGUCCAAUCUGAACCGGCAGUUCCUCUUUAGACCUCGUCACAUACAGAAACCUAAGAGCAUCACGGCCGCUGAAGCUACGCUGGAGAUCAAUCCCCGGCUACAGAUCGACGCCCACCUGAACAAGGUCUGCCCGGCCACCGAGAGCAUCUACAGCGACGCCUUCUACUCCCGACUGCACGUGGUGGUCACGGCUCUGGACAACGUGGAGGCCAGGAGAUACGUGGACAGCCGCGCUGUAUCGAACCAGAAGCCACUCCUGGACUCGGGGACGAUGGGGACGAAGGGUCACACUGAGAUCAUAGUGCCAAACUUGACAGAGUCCUACAACAGCCAUAGAGACCCUCCUGAAGAGGAGAUACCUUUCUGCACACUGAAGUCCUUCCCUGCCGUCAUCGAGCACACGAUACAGUGGGCCAGGGAUAAGUUUGAGAGUGCGUUCUCCCACAAGCCUUCUGUCUACAACAUGUUCUGGCAGACUCAUUCCUCCGCGGAGCAGGUUUUACAGAGAAUGAGGGCUCAGGAAAGCUUGGAGGGGUCGUUUCAAGUCAUCAAACUGCUGAGCCGGAGGCCAAACACCUGGGAUCAGUGUGUCACCCUCGCUCGUCUCAAGUUCGACAAGUAUUUUAAGAGGAAGGCUCUGCAAUUGCUACACUCCUUUCCCUUGGACACCAGGCUGAAGGAUGGCAGUUUGUUUUGGCAGUCUCCGAAACGGCCUCCUGCCCCAAUAGAAUUUGACUUGCAGGACCCUUUGCAUUUCAGUUUCGUCGUAAGUGCUGCCAGGCUCUACGCAGGAAUUUACAACAUCUCUUACUCAGGAAAGGAUCUGUCACCGGAAGCCGUAGCUCAGAUCCUCUCGGACAUGAAGAUCCCGGAGUACACGCCGAUACAGAAGCGCAUCGAGACGGACGAGACGGCCAAGAAGCCCGACCAGAUGAAGCUGAUGGUGAGCAGCGAGGAGGAACGAGAGGCCAUCGGGCAGCUGGAGGAGGUGGUCGCGUCCCGGGCCGCCACCCCAGACCGCCUGCAGAUGAGCCCCGUCUUGUUUGAGAAGGACGAUGACACCAAUGGUCACAUGGACUUCGUGGUGUCCGCUUCCACCCUGCGGGCGCGCAUGUACUCCAUCGAGGCGGCCGAUAGGCUUCAGACCAAGCGCAUCGCUGGCAAAAUAAUACCCGCCAUCGCCACGGCAACCGCCGCAGUCGCAGGCCUGGUGGCGGUAGAGCUGAUCAAAGUUGUCGGAGGCUAUGACUUCGAGUCCUUCAAGAACUGCUUCUUCAACUUGGCCAUUCCUGUCAUAGUGUUUACGGAGACUGCCCAAGUCAAGAAAACCCAAAUCAGAGAUAAUAUCUCCUUCUCCAUCUGGGACCGCUGGAGCGUCUACGGUCACGAGGACUUCACCCUGUCUGACUUCAUGAAUGGAGUAAGGGAAAAAUAUGGCAUCGAACCAACAAUGGUGGUCCACGGGGUGAAGAUGCUUUACGUGCCCGUGAUGCCCGGACACAACAAGAGGCUGAAACUCACCAUGCAGAAGCUGGUGAAGCCGUCGCCCGACCGGAGGUACGUGGACCUGACCGUGUCCUUCGCCCCGGAGCAGGACGGAGAUGAAGAUCUUCCAGGUCCUCCGGUUAGAUAUUACUUCAGUCGGGACACACAGGAUGGGAGGGACUGAUGAGGGGGACUGUGGCCCCCCGCCCACCCCACCCCGCAGUCUGACCCCUCCCUCUCUAAGGACCAGUAGAAGAGUAGCACUUGACAUACCUGUGUACAUAAUUUUUUUUUCUACUGGUUUUAUUUUAUUGCAUAGCUUUGCCUGUGCUGAUGCCUUAAACAAUACUGUGUUUCGUGUCUUAUUGAAGAUAUUAAUAAUAAUAAUAAUACAAAUAAUAAAAAAAGUGUGCGUACUCUGGUGUUCCUGGCAGCGAUGGACUGGGUGGUGGGGAUGUGAAGAGGGUGGUUGGGCUGCCUUGGGUCUCUCUCUCCUUUUUUUUUGUCGUUCGUUUGCACAUCGCUGGGGCAUUAGCUAAGCAGGCGAGCCAGAGCACCAGCCAGAACCACCGACGCGAACUAAGCUGGGCCGCGAGUCGUGGGGGAAACGUCCCGCGGCAGUAAAACACAGGGUUGCCGUAUAACGUGAUUCCUAAUCGUGAACAGACGGGGGGGGGGGGGGUUCAUUGCUCAGAUAGUUUUUGGCUGGCUCACAAAGCCUUCUUCGAUAAUGAACUUCACAGGUAGAAAGAAUUUAGACUAAAAGUUACAUUUUAUUUAUUACUUAAGCGAACCAAAAAAGACCCAGUUUUUUUUUUUUUUUUUUUUUUUUUUUUUUUUAACCAAAAACAGAUUCUCUGAAAAACGCCUUCUGCCCCACACUGAACAGCGGAAAACCAUGUGACAUACGGAGGGGCACCUCUGUUCAAAUUAUUUAAAUUGGAUAAUUACCCAGUAGGGGGCUUUACGGGAGCUGCUCGACACGAGCAGGCAUUCGGUUAGACGACUAGCACUAAUCCUUAGCCGUUAGGUUUGCCCGUCUUCGGAAAGAGUGCUUCCUUCUCGGAAGGGUGGCUGGCGAUGCUGGGUGUUUGUAACUCGUGGUUGUGAGUUUAUUCCGUAUCACUGUAUCGCCUCUUAACAGUGAACGCAACUACAAAUAAAACAAGUCCUACUGAAA